AUGGGGGGCGCCGCGGGAGCCUUCCGGGAGCUCUGCGGCGCCCGCGCCGGCUGUGCUUUCGAAGCCGACGCCGCGGGCCCCCCGUCUCCGCAUCGUACGGGCGCUGUUUCGCUGCCCCCGGUUUCUCCUGAGCCUGCGGACCUGUCCAAGGUGCUUGACGGCUGGGAGCUCAAUAUGUGGACGGGGGAUAGCUGCGAUGCCGCCGCUGCUGACGGGCCCGAUUUCGGCUCCGUGUGCUCCGACCCUGCACUGGUGAAGCGCCCUGCCCUGUACGGCGAGUUUUGCAUUGACCUGCGCGCGAGAGGUACCGGGCGGGGGGGGCUAUCAGCGCACGGGAGCACGCACUUCGACCGGACGUGCUCGGGCUCGGUCUGGACGAUCUUCGGCUUCUACCGGUUGGAGGGCCGGGCCUUGGUCAUGUCCGUCCGGCGCCUACUCCGUUCUCGGGCCCACCUCAACACGCGCGCUCUCUUCCUGGUGGACAAUCUAGCUCUAGCCCUGGCGUUGGCCAAGGGCCGGGCACGCUCGAGACAUCUCCUGCCCACCUGCAGGGAAGUUGCUGCGCUGGGGCUCUUCCCCGGCUGCCGCUUCCACGUCCGCUGGGUCCCGGGCGAACUGAACCCAGCGGAUGCUCCGUCGCGAGGGCGGCGGGCGGCGGGGCGGGUGGAUCUCCAGAAGCGCGCAGACGCCUACCAGCAGCUUUUCGACCGGAAAGCUGGCGAGGGAAGCCUCUCUCUGCAAAGGGGGCUUGAGCGGGCCGCCUUGCGCGGCUACUUCUCGGACGAGCGCGCUGGAGCUGUCGGCCGCCCAGCCCACGAGAUGGCGGACUACCUGCGCCGCCUGGGCUGGUUCUCGAACUUCGUGCUGGAUUCGGGGCUCACGCGCGACUCCAACCGAUCCCUGGACGAGGUCGUCACGGAGUGGUUCGACAUCCUGUACCAGCGGGGGCACUCGGCCAACGACGGCUCGAAGUUCCUGGCGGCGCUCCGGCACCUCUGGCCGGAGCUGGAGGCCCAGCGGCAGCUCCCCCGGGCCUGGCGGGCCGCUCAGGGAUGGCGGAAGCUGGCCCCGGUGCACAGCCCGGCCCCGCUCCCGUUCAGCGGGCUCAUGGGCCGUCCCGUCGCCGUGCUCAUCGCCUUCGCGGCGUACCUGCGCCCGGGCGACCUCUUCGGGCUUGCUCCACAGUCGCUGGUGCCCCCGGUGGAGGGGGCGGGCGGGCCCCCUCACUGGGGCCUGCUCCUCGGCGCUCGGGAGCUGGGGCGCCGCAACAAGACGGGCGAGUUCGACGAGAGUGUCCUCCUGGACUGGCCCGGGUACGAGUGGAUCGGCACCUACUUGGAGAUUCUGCGCGAGCGUCCGGUCGGACGCCCCGUGUGGACCUUCGACGCCGUCCACUUGAUCUCGGUGCUCCUCAACGCCAGCCUCGUCAGCGGGGUGCGCGUGCUGUGGCCGCAGCUGCGUUCCCGGCGGCACGGCGGGGCUUCCUUUGACGCGAUCUCCAAGCGCAGGCCGCUGGUGCGGGGCCAGCCGAGCCCGCCGCCCCGCCCUGCGGCCGAGGGGCGGCUGCGCUUCGGGGCAUUCCUGGAGCUGUUCGCCGGCGCCAAGCGGAUAGCCUCCGGCCUUCGUCGGGCCGGGGGCGCGGCGGUCACCCUUGAGAUCGCCGACUGCCCGCUGCAGGACGCCGCGCUUCGCGAGGUGCGCCAGGUCCUGCUGUCGUGGAUCCAGCAGGGCCUGAUCGACGGCGUCUGGCUUGGCACGCCCUGCUCCUCCUGGAGCGCCGCCGGGCGCGGCCAGCCAGGCCGCCCGGGCGGGCCGCUCCGCGAUCGCGCCCACAUCUGGGGGCACCCCUCUGCGCUGGCGCGGCACCCUGACAGAGAGAACCCGAUUGGUUCCUUGCUCUGGAAUGUGCACGGCAUCAAUCUGUUGUGCCGGCUGAAGUCCAGCUACCAGGUCACUCUGGAUUACUGCCAGGCGAGCCGCGAGGCCUCCCUCGGCUCAAAAGUCAGGGGACCCACCGCGUGCGUCGGAUCGAUCGGCGGGCUCGAGCACGUGCUGGCCGUGGGGAGGGGCCCAGGUGCUCGCGAGGCCGAGGACCCCUCGCGGGGCCGCUUCGGCGGGCUCCCGGGGGUGGCCCUGAGAAGGCUCAUGUUCAUGAAGCCGGGGGUGGAGCCAACCGCCCGGGGCUGCCAUGACAGCCCGGCGGAGAAAACCAAAGGCCCCGGGAAGUUCCGCUUCAAUCAGUUGGAGUUGAGGAACGGAUGGGCCGUUGAGCGAUUCAAGCGUUACGUGUGGGAUUUCUCACCCAAGCCAGGCACUGUCGACGAACACCUUCGCGAUUUGAAUGCCUACGUGAAGGCUCUCGACGGAAUCAUCCGCGAACUCAUAUUUGGCUUCUCGGUUUCUUCCCAAGAGUCGCCCGUCGAGUACUUGGCGUCCCUCGGCGUUGACCAGGACGUUGCCGAGUGGCUGGCGUCUUACAUAUGUUCCGAAGGAGGCGUGUUUGAACAGUGGAACGUGGACCCGAAAGUUACCUCCCUUGUGGCGCGGCUGCACGAGGGGUCGUGGUUCUCGUACGGCUCGCUCGGCACAGUUGUGCGGUCGCACAAGGGAGGGCGCCAGGGAUGCAUCUUCGGAGCUACGGUUUUCAACGCGGGAUACUCGGUCCCGAUCAAAAUGCUCCACGAGGAAAUGAGGCGCAAAGGCAUUACCCUACGCGUGAGAUCGGGGGGGAAGGCGUUCUGGGGCACUACCGAGGACGAUGGGGAGGAAGCCGCCACCGAGGAGGAAAUCAUCGACGCCACGUUCGUGGACGACGAAUGUAUCGUGUUAGUGGCUGCUUCCCCACAGCUCCUCGAUCGUGCUAUCCAGACGCUGCUAGAAGUAUUGUGCCGGCUGCACGAGGACGGCGUGUACGUCAAAUCAGAUCACGAUGGCGCUAUCAAAUUGUCCAUUGUGUCGAAGUAUAAGCAUCUCGGAACAGUUGUCUCCAUCGCAGGCACCUGUAAACCCGAUGCUGAGAAGAGGGCAUCAGCAGCCAUGGACGCAUACGCGCCAGUUGCGAUCCGUGUAUUUGGUGCUCCGAACAUAUCCAUCGCUACAAAGAUGCACGCCGUGAAGGCACGCAUCUUGACAAAGCUGAUGUUCCAUGCACACGUUGUCACGCCAGACGCACAUUUCGCGCGGACGUUGAACCAGGUGUACAUGAGGGUGCUACGGCGCAUUGUGGACAAGGUCCGGUUUGGGCCAGGGCAAGGCACGGACCUGCAAGUGCGGCAAUCCUUGGGGGCGGCAUCCGUAGAUUGCUUGGCUAUGCAGGCUAGACUGAGGUAUCUGCGGAGGCUUCUCCUCUCUGGCAGAACACAGUUGCUGGCGCUGUUGUCAUCGAAGCGCAAUGGCAAAAUGAUGCCAUAUACGCGGGUCGUGCUCGAUGACCUCACCACGGUGCAAAUGUUGAGCAGCCAAUGUGCGCCGCUGGGAGACCCCAGCGAAAACGCAGGACAAUGGCUGGACGUGAUAUGCGGCCAAGACCAGCGAUGGCACGAUAUCGCUGGCGCGAUUCAUUUUUCAAAGAGCAAGUGUGACAGCUGUGCCUCACCGGACGGGGUGCAGCUCAAUUUCGCCUGUGACAUGUGCCCCGGGCCCAAUCCACCAGCAUUUGCAACCAGAUUAGGGCUCGUGCAACACAAGCGCGCCGUGCACGGCGUCAGGAACGAAGCGAGGAGGUACGUCUCGGCGGACGGCGUUUGCCCUCUGUGCCAUAAAGACUUCCGGCAGCGCUUCCGCUGCAUUCGUCACCUCUCGGGAUCCCCCCCCAACGCAUGCACGGAGAUGCUACGCUCGGGGGCUGUAGAGCCUCUCCCCAACGACCUUGUGGAGUCCCUGGACAGCGCCGACAGGGCGCUGUGCCGGAAGCAUGGGGCGCUCGCCGCGGCGUGGCGCGCGCUCGCCGCAGCAGCAGCGAGGCAGCUGCACGGGCACGGGGCGGCCGGUGGGGUCGUGGACCACCGCGGCGACCGCGCGGACCUGGCGUUCACGCUGCUACUCACCGAGAGCUGGUGGCGUGAGGAGGAUGGCGGGGCGCUGGAGGUGUACGGCCCGACAGGCGGCUCUCCCGCCGCGAGGCUGCCGCCGCGCUUCAACACGCUGGUGGUGCACCCCGCCUCCCUGUGUUCCGCGGUAACGCGCGUCACCACGGAGGAGGCGCCCCGGCUGGCCAUCCACGGCGUCUUCCGCCAACGCCGCCGGGGCAACUCCGAGGCCUCGGCGCCCGCAGCGCCAGCGCCAUUGGCCUCCGCGGGCCGCGCCGAGGCCGCCCGCGGCGGCGCCGGGGCCACGUGGCCGCCGCAGGGCGCGGCGGCCGGGGCGGCCGCGGGCAGGGCGGUCACCAACGCGUUCCAGCAGCAGCUCGAAGGCAUGCGCACCGAGGUCACCACCAUCAUGGGCGCGGCUCAUUCCGACAUCCAGAAGACCGUGCUAGAGACCAUGCGCCCCCAGGCAGCCCGACUCGACGCUCACGACCAGGACAUCCGCUCGCUCCAGAACAAGACGGAUUCCCUCACGCAGUGCCAGCAGAGCUUGCGCCACGACCUGGACGCGGUGCAGCGGAGCUUGGCCCAAGCCCAAGAUGCUCAGGACACAGCCAUCGACCUCGCAAGGCUUGCACAAUAUGAUCGCCAUCCCGACCCCAGCGUCUUCCGCAUCGGCUGUGCCCAACACACAGCCUUCAGCGAUUUUGAGGUGGCCAUCGCGAAUUGGAUCAAGGAUGCAGGCCUGGAGGCCUCCCACACUGCUCUUUACGGUGGCUCUCCUGGUAAGCUCUUUCACCUUCAUCUCCCUGGCGGCCCCGCUGGAGUGGCCCGAGCAGUUCGCCUCGCUCAGCAUCUGCAACUACCAGGAGGCAGCUGGCGCCGAUUCACGGCCAAGAGCGCGGCGGGCGGCCAGGAGCCACUGUACAUCAACCCUGACAAGGCCCCGAAGCAGGUACGACGAAAAGUUCAUGGUAAGCGGCUCCUGGGCAUCCUGCAGCGCAUGUACCAGGACAAGGUCGUGGCAGAGUACGAGAUCGACUUCCAGAGCGUCAGUGCGCAGUUCAAGCAACAGCUUCAGAACGUGGACACUUCGGCAUGGCGUCUAAAGACCGGCAAGCUCAAUCAUCUUUUUCUGCGACGUCACCUGAUCAUGGUUCAAGAGGUCCAUGGGAACGAGCUCAUGCUUACCACGCUGCCGGAUCAGCUCCCCGUGCAUUACCAGGUCUUCUACAGCGGCUACCUCAAUGAUGAGGCCCAGAUCGACCACCGUACUGGCGGAGUGGAGAGCCCCCUGCCCACGCACUACGAUCGCGCCACACACUCGCUCAACACCAUUGAUCGCCUCUUCAUCUCUAUCAGGGCGCACUUCGCGACUGACUGCGACAUCACGCUAAACAUACUGCAGGAAGCGGACAAGCUGAGUGACUAUGCGCUCUCGGCGUUCAAGACUCAAGUUACAAGUAUGCGACAGGCGCUGGCAUGGAACCCAAGUCAGAGGCGCCUUGUCUUGAAUGGACUCAAGAACGACCAGCCGGCGGACGGCGGCGUCAUCAGACAGCCCGAGGAGAUGGCCGACGCGAUCCGCCAGCACUGGGAGCCGGUGUUCUCUGCGGUCAAUUCAACGGCAGCGACCAGGUUCGGGCUCCCUCUAGGCUACCUCAACGCGGUGUCGGCCCUCGCUGAAGACUCGGUUGGGUUUCUCAAUGUGGGAUCCAAGCGGAUCGAUACUCCUCGCCACGCCAUUAGUGCGCUCGUUCCUGGCUGGACCGAUUUCGCGAUCUGCAGCUGCUGCCGCUACCUCGGGUUCUCCAUAGGACCCGGCGCGAGCGAAGAAGAUCAGUUCCUCGCAACCUACCUGGAGAGGGAGAUCCAGCAGUUUCUUGAGAUGUUCCUGAAGUGA